GACAUCGUCUAAAUCUUUGUCAGACAGUCAGUCGGUCGUUGGAGACGGUGAAUGUUGUUCGUUCGGUACAAUGCAAUUGCUGUUCCUAUUAUUGGCUCUGCUGAUUUCAGCAGUUCACAGCUAUAAAGUGCUUUUUCUAGUGCCUUUUCCUGGUCCCAGUCACUGGUUAAUGCUGAAACACUUCAUCCGGGAGCUGACGGAGCGAGGUAACGAGGUGACCUGUAUCACGAGCUUCAAAUUCGGUGAACCGAUUCAGAACUAUACCGAAGUGUUGAUUGAUCCGGCUUAUCCCAUUCGUGAGAAAUUUCCUCUAUCAACGAUUUUUGAAACGAAAAGCUACAGCAAUGAUUUCAACAAUCUGUUUCUAUACUGGACAAUGGGCCUUGAAACGAGUCGAUUUGGUUUGGAAAAUGAUCACGUCCAAAAGUUUUUGAAAAGAGAUGACUUGCAGUUUGAUUUGGUGGUAUCUGAACAGUUCUUUCAGGAAAGUUGGCUCAUGUUUGCCCAUAAGUACAAUGCCCCAAUCGUCACCAUCAGUACCUAUGGGUAUUCCGAUUUUAUGGAUCGUGCCAUGGGUGUCCUAACUCCUUGGUCCUUCGUUCCACACAUGUUGCUAGACUAUGAAGAUAGUAUGAACUUUGUACAACGUGCGUACAAUGUGUUUCUGUCUAUGCUUGAUUACACCAUACGAGAAUACUACUACCUUCCGAAGCAGAACGAAAUGGCGAAAGAAUUCUUCGGGGACCUAGAAAAACAACGUGGUACUAUGCCAUCUGUGCAGACCUUGGAGAAAUCCAUUUCGGUGGUUCUCGUCAACAGUCAUCCAACUCUGGCUAAGCCUCGUCCCUCUAUGGUUGGACUUGUAGAUAUCGCCGGUGCUCAUAUCCGGCCAACCAAACCUCUCCCCGAUGACCUUCAAAAGUUCAUGGAUGGAGCUAAACACGGUGUAAUCUACUUCUCGCUAGGAGCGUACCUUCAAAGCUCACAAAUACCGAUCGAGAAGCGAAAUGCUCUGUUGAACGUAUUUUCAAAGCUUAAACAACGAGUUGUGUGGAAGUUCGAAACCAACAACCUGGAGAAUGUACCAAGCAACGUCAUGAUUCGCAAUUGGGCGCCACAAAAUGACAUUCUGGCGCACGAGAACGUUGUCCUGUUCAUCUCGCAUGGUGGUCAAUUCGGUACGUUUGAAUCGAUGUACCAUGGAGUUCCAACGCUGUUCAUGCCAUUUUUCGGAGAUCAGCACAGGAAUGCCCUGCGAGCCGUUCGCAGCGGUUACGCGAGAAAGACGAUAUUUGUAGACAUCACCGAGCACACACUCAUGAGCGAGAUAAGUCAGAUGGUAGAUAAUAAACGGUACUACAAUCGAGCCAAGGAGAUUGCCACCGUGUUCCGGGAUACAAUUGUGAACCCCAUGAAUGAGUCGAUGUUCUGGAUGGACUAUGUGGUACGCCAUAAGGGAGCUGCUCAUUUGAAGUCGAAUGCUGUUAAUUUCAGUUUGGUGCAAUACUUACUGUUGGAUGUAUUGGGCACGGUUUUGGUUUCUGUGGUUGUGCUGUUCAGUGUGAUCAGAGUGUGUUGUUGUCGAAAAAGUAGGAAAUCAAUUAGUAAGCAGAAGAAACAGUAAAAAUGACUUUCAUUGUGAUACUUGAAAAAAAAAAACGCACUAAGUUGGAAAAAAUAAAUUCUAUUUAUGCUUAAUAAUCUCAUACUUUUGAAUAUUUAGUGAAAAUAGUCAGAACUCAUUUUAUGUUGAACAAAUAUUGGGAUAUUUCUAAGAAAAUUUAAAAAAAAUAGAUUGACUC